AUCUUUAGCCGAAUGAUCCUUGUAAAUUGGGCCAACAGCAUUAUAAAAGAAAAAGAAUUUCUUUGCGUCAAUCGUCAAAUUGAAAUUCGCUUUUUCUGACGUGUCUCGUCUGUUCGAACGCCGGAUUUUUAAUAUUUGCCAGUCGUAAAAGAACAUGACCGUCCAAGAUCCUUCGCAGCCGGUGAAAAUAAACAAAUGGGACGGAUCGGCCGUGAAAAACGCUUUAGACGACGCGGUCAAAGAAGUUCUUACCAAGAAAUAUAACUAUGUAGAAAAUUUCUCCCUGAUGGACGGGCGCCUGGCCAUUUGUAGUAUUGCUGUCGGCGUCGCUAUGUUCGCAUUGCUUUGGGACUACUUAUAUCCGUUCCCGGAGUCGAAACCGGCCCUUAUAUUUUGCGUGACAGCUUAUUUUUUCAUGAUGGGAGUCCUGACGCUUUACACCACAUACAGAGAAAAAGGAAUCUUUGCGGUAUGCAUCCAGAAGGACGGAAACAAAAAGAAUAAUGUGUGGGAAGCCAGCUCGUUCAUUUUGAAGUACGAUGACAAAUACAACCUCCAUUUGGCGUGUAAAGACAAUAAAACGGGCGCGGUGAGGGAAGCCAGUUCGAAGAAGAGCGUCGCAAAUUUUAUCGACGUGGACGGUAGCGUCGUACAAGACCUGGUUGAAGCGGAAGUAACGAGACUGCAUAAUUCGUUAAGCGAACGAAAAGACAAAUAAGUCUUGCAAACUUGUGGUUUUUUCUCUUGAUUAUUUUUAUGAGGAUUUAUUUUGGGUAUAGGAAAACAUAAAUGUUUGUUUAACAGAACAAUUUGUGUCAUUUACUUACUCAAAAAGCAGUAAGGUUUCGUAUGUUACCGCGUCUUAGGUUCGGUGUUAUUUACCAUUACGCUAGUUGAGGGAUG